UAUCAAAAAGCAGCAGAAAGUGGUGUUAAAGAAGCAAUGAAUAAUUUGGCUAAUAGUUAUAUAAGUGGAGAAGGAACAGAAGGGAAUUUGGAAAAAGCCUUUCAUUGGUAUCAAAAAGCAGCAGAAGAAGACUAUGUUACAGCAAUGUGUAAUUUAGCUGCAUGUUAUUAUAAUGGGCAAGGAAUAGAAAAGGAUCUAGAAAAAAGUUUUCAUUGGUAUCAAAAAGCAGCAGAAAAUGAUUAUAACAGUGCAAUGUUUAAUAUAGCCUUAUGUUAUAAAAAUGCAAAAGGAACAGAAAAGAAUUUAGAAAAGGCUUUUCAUUGGUAUCAAAAAGCAGCAGAAAAAGAUCAUGUUACAGCAAUGUAUAAUUUAGCCAUAUGUUAUGAUAAUGGAGAAGGAACAGAACAGAAUUUAGAAAAAGCUUUUCAUUGGUAUCAAAAAGCAGCAGAAAAUAGUUAUACCAAUGCGAUGUUUGUUCUAGCCAUAUAUUAUGAAAAUGGAGAAGGAACAGAAAAAAAUUUAGAAAAAUCUUUCCAUUGGUAUCAAGAAGCAGCAGAAAAUGGUCACGUAAAAGCAAUGAAUAAUUUAGCCACAUGUUAUGAAAAUGGAGAAGGGACAGAAAAAAAUUUAAGAGAAGCUUUUUACUGGCACCAAAAAGUACUAGCAGAAAACAAUAAAGUAAGUUCUAAAUAUAAAGUUGAAUUAUGUAAUAAAUGCAAUAAACCACAUAUUGAUUACCCAUGGUGCCAUCAAUGUGAUGAAUGUAAACAACCAUACAUUGAUUACCAGUGGUGCCAACAAUGUAAUGUUAAACGAUUUCAACAAGAUUUUACAAAGUGGACUAGUGAAAAUGAAUUUAUUGAUAAAUUUAUUCAAGAGGCACAACUAAAUGCUAAAAAUAGUUAUGAAAUUUUAGAGUGGAUACCUUAUAAUAAAUUGACAAAUAUUGAUUAUUAUGAUAAAGGAGGAUUUAGUGAAAUUCAUAAAGCUAUCUGGUUAGAUGGACCUAUUUUUAGUUGGAAUAAUGACAAGCAACAAUGGAAUAGACAGAUGAAUUAUGAAGUUAUUCUUAAAAUACUUAGUAGUUCAUCAAGUUUAAAUAAUAAAUUCCUGAAUGAGUGGAAAUAUCAUUAUAAUUGUCAGAGAAAAUCAUUUUCAAAAUUUAUUCAAUUCUAUGGUUUUACCCAAGAUCCAAAUAAUUUAAAUUAUAUGAUAGUAAUGAGUUAUGCAAAAAAAGGAAGUUUGAGAAAGUGUUUAUCUAAUAUAAUUAAAUUUAAGUGGCAAGACAAGUUACAAUUAUUGAAAAAAAUUAUAUUAGGACUUCAAGUAAUUCAUGAAUCCAAUUUGACUCAU